AUGCCGGCCAUGCUUCCAUUUGAUCUGCAACAGGUCAUUUGCGAAUAUGCAAUGGAUGUUGCUAGCAAUGACAAGUUUAUUUUUCGAGCCAUGUGUGUAUGCAAACUAUGGGCGCACUUUGUCUGUAGCAAGUUCUAUCGGGAUUAUGAGAUCAAGAACUACCUUGGAUUUGUGGGGUUUGUCAGGACCAUUGCCAGCCGAGAUACGAUCCUUCCUUAUGGAGAAUACAUUCGCAAUGUUGACCUGAGCCCUGUGAACCGAUAUGGGAUCGACAUGCGAGUACACAAGAUGAUCCGUUACUGCCCCAAUCUCGUAUCCUUGACACUUGGUCAUCCAUCAUCCGUCAAGCCUGACACCAUUCGUCUCAUGUCCAAAUAUUGCAAAAACUUGCGCAUCUUGCAUAUGGGCGGAUUAGAAAGCUUUCCAUUCAUGCUCGAAUGCGACUUUGCUGGUCUCGAUAGCUUAACGCACGUGGAGAUUCAUAUGACACCCAUCGAUGGCCCAUCACUCAACACACUACCACGUACCUUGAUCGAUGUUCGUUUGGUCAAAUUGGAUUCUUUGGAUCAUCAAUCGCUUGUGGAGUUUACGACCAAUCGCAGAGGCACUCUUCAAACAUUAGUGAUCGAUCGAUGUACAUUGGGUGCUCGUUCACAACAAGCCAACAUUGCACAAGUAGUGAGGCCACUAUCACAAUUGAAACGGUUGGAACUUUCGGGUGGUCAAGUGGAUGACAAGUGCUUGGAGAGCUUGUUUGAUAUACCUUUGGAACUCGAUUCAUUUCGACUUGCACAUACCCAUAUCACAGACUCAACUUUGUAUCGUUUCGCCGCUGGUCGGCUCAAGUGUCGUCAUCUCAACAUUGAACACAAUCCCUUUGUAUCAGAACAAACCAUUGCCUCAUUACCUCAUUAUCGCCGCCAAUAA